CAUGUGUAUCGCACUCACAAUGGCAGAAAUGGGCUCAUCCGCACCCACCUCUGGCGCUUUGUAUUACUGGACUUUUAAAUUCUUCCCUCCUUCGUGCCGUAGAUAUCUUGCAUGGCUUAUCGGAUAUGUCAAUACCAUUGGAUACAUAGCAGCAGUCGCAGCAAUAUAUGUUUUCGUCGCGUUCAUCGUCGCUCUCCCAAUAGCUACACCUUCGGAGUACAAGAACACCGCCAAGUAUGCCUUGGGCCACUUUGAGAAUCUCUCGGAUUAUAGUGAUGGAUUCGCUUUUAUCCUGAGCUUGCUCGCUCCAUGCUGGACGAUAUGCGGUUUCGAUUCCAGCAUACACACGUCCGAAGAGGCUCGGGACGCGCCUACUGCCGUCCCAUUCGCCAUCCUGAGCUCCAUCGGUCUUGGAUACGUUCUCGGAUUAGCCGUCAACAUAUGUCUAGUCUUCAACAUGGGCACUGACCUCACCGCCCUCCUUUCCAGUCCAAUAGAACAGCCUAUGGCUGUCAUACUCGCAAACAGCUUGGGAACCGGUGGAACGAUAACCUUCUGGGUAUUUGUAGCGAUCCUUCUGUUCAUCGCCGGAAUGGACGUCCUCAUAGCAUCCUCAAGACGAGUCUUCGCUUUCUCCCGAGACGGCGCCCUACCCCUCUCCUCCCUCUUUUACAGCAUCAAUCCUUACUCCGGUACACCAGCCAACGCCGUAUGCAUGUGCGUCUUUGUUGCCGGACUUCUUGGACUUCUUUCCUUUGCAGGAAGCGCAGCUAUUGGGGCGAUAUUCACCAUGAGCGUGUUCUGUCCGUAUCUCUGCUACUGUACACCCAUCAUUGCGCGCUUCUUCGGAGGGCAGCCACUCGCACCAGGGCCAUUCAGCCUAGGAAAAGCUAGCGGCCCUGUGGCCUCUGUCGCUACCACAUUCAUGAUUCUCAUGAUGGUUGUAUUUCUUUUCCCCGCCGCGCCCGCGCCUGUCGCCCAAAGCAUGAACUAUACUGUCGUUGUUAUUGGAGGGAUAAUCACCCUUGCCACAGGGUACUACCUGAUCAGUGGCCGUUUCUGGUUCACCGGCCCUGUUAUCACUCUUGCGGACGGCUUUGUGGAAAAGAGCGAUAUGGGUGUAUAACUUGCGUGUAAAAAUUUAGGCCGGUCCAAGUUGUCUUUUCCCGGUUGCAAGUCACUCGCCAGUUACUAGCCAUCGAUGUCUGGAUCUUGAAGAUCUGGGGAGCGGGACGAGGUGGUUCAGCGGCGGGCUGACAUUAUUUCAGUGGUUAGUAUUUCCAAAGUGUUUUCCUCCAUUGCCGUGGUGGCCCGCAUUCCUUCAUCUUCUUAUUCAUCUGCUUUACCUAUUUCCCAUCACUGUUUCACGCAAUGAAUCCAGAUU